AUCGUAUUUCCUACGUUAACUCACCGUCAGCCUUCGUUUGACGUCCGUGCUGAGCAUCUUGGACAAUUUCCCCACGGCCUAUACUGCAUUCUGUAACGAUAUUUAGACAAUGGCUUUGACGUCCGCUUUCCGGCACAGGAGCCUGCAACGGGCGGUUCGGUGCGGAAAGAGCUCAAUUUCCUCGUCACUCGUCCACACACAAUAUGGCAAAAGACUCCUGGCUUCCGUAGCACCUACGCAAGAUGGCGCCUCCACCCAGCACGACCCCCGACUUCCAUCUUAUUCAAGUCUUCUGAGCAACCUACAAAGCGUACGACAACGUCUGAACCUAACCAAGCCUUUGACGCUCUCAGAAAAGAUUCUAUACGGCCACCUAAACCAAAGCGAUGCGGAAAAGAGCGACCCAAUAGUCAGAGGCAGCUCCUACCUCAAGCUCUCGCCCGACCGCGUAGCGAUGCAAGACGCUAGCGCGCAAAUGGCCUUACUCCAGUUCAUGCUAGCCAAACGCGCAACAACCGCCGUACCAUCAAGCAUCCACUGCGACCACCUCAUCGAGGCCUUCCAAGGCGGCGACGAGGACGUCAAGCGGUCCAUCAUCACCAACAAGGAGAUCUUUGACUUUUUGAAGUCUGCGGCGGAAAAGUAUGGGAUUGCGUUUUGGGGGCCUGGGAGUGGGAUUAUUCAUCAGAUCGUUUUGGAGAAUUAUGCGGCGCCGGGGAUUCUGAUGCUGGGGACGGAUUCUCAUACCCCGAACGCUGGUGGAUUGGGAUGUCUGGCUAUCGGAGUGGGUGGUGCCGACGCUGUGGAUGCGAUGGCGGGCAUUCCAUGGGAAUUGAAGGCGCCGAAGAUCAUGGGGGUCCGAUUGACGGGGAAACUUGACGGCUGGACGGCUCCCAAAGACGUGAUCUUGCAGCUUGCGGGACUGCUGACCGUGCAAGGCGCGACAAACCAUAUCAUUGAGUACUUUGGCCCGGGGACCGAGACGCUCAGCUGCACGGGAAUGGCGACCAUUUGCAAUAUGGGGGCUGAAGUUGGGGCUACCACCUCUACUUUCCCGUAUUCGCGUUCGAUGGCUGACUAUCUGCGUGCCACUGGACGGCCGCAUGUGGCGGAUGCGGCGGCUAAGGCGGCGGCAGCGGGGUUCCUGAAGGCGGAUGCCGGUGCGGAGUAUGAUCGUGUGAUUGAGAUUGAUCUUUCGAAGCUGGAGCCUCACAUCAACGGUCCUUUCACACCUGAUGCAGCGACACCCAUCUCACAGUUCAAAUCCCUCGUCGUUCAACAAGGAUGGAAAGACGAGAUCAAAGUUGGGCUGAUAGGUUCUUGCACAAACAGUUCUUACGAAGACAUGCAGAGAGCGGCAGAAGUAGCCCGACAGGCUCUUGCGAGCGGCGUCAAGAAUAGCAAGUCGGCUCUGCUUAUUACUCCUGGAUCAGAGCAAAUCCGAGCGACGAUCGAGAGGGAUGGCGUUGACAAGACGUUGACGGAAGUCGGUGGGCAGGUUCUUGCGAACGCUUGCGGGCCGUGUAUCGGGCAGUGGAAGAGGACGGACGCAAAGUCAACUGACGGGGGGGUGCAGACGGCGACCUCCGGCAAAGAUGGCAAAAGGGAAGCCAAUGCCAUCCUAACGUCGUUCAACCGCAACUUCCGAUCCCGCAACGACGGUAACCCAAACACCAUGAACUUCAUCGCCUCCCCCGAGAUCGUCACAGCCAUGGCCAUCGCAGGCCGCCUCUCCUUCAACCCCCUCACCGACUCUUUGCCAACACCCGCCGGCACCUCCUUCAAAUUCGCACCCCCAUCCAAUACCGACAUCCACCCCUUACCACCCUUGGGUUUCGCCCCCGGCCGCGCCGAAUACUCCCCACCUCCGCUCCAAAUCCGCGCCGACCCAGCAACCCAAAUCUCCAUCGACUCAACCUCCACCCGCCUGCAGAUCCUCGAACCCUUCGCACCCUGGGACGGCAAGGAUCUACAAGACCUCCGCGUCCUCGUCAAAGUCGUCGGGAAAUGCACAACGGACCAUAUCAGCGCAGCCGGUGCGUGGCUCAAAUACAAGGGCCAUCUCGAUAACAUCGCCAAUAACACCUUGAUCGGGGCCACCAACGCCGUCGCCUUCCCCACGGAUCCCACUAAAUCCACAGUCAAUUUAGCGUAUAAUACUUUGACAAAAACCCACGACACGAUCCCCGCCGUCGCGCGCGCCUAUAAACAAUCCCAAAUCCCCUGGUGCAUCAUCGCCGACUCGAACUACGGCGAAGGCUCCGCCCGCGAACACGCCGCCCUCCAACCGCGCUAUCUCGGGUGCACGCUCAUCAUCGCGCGCAGCUUUGCGCGGAUCCACGAGACCAAUCUCAAGAAACAGGGAGUUAUACCUUUAGUCUUCAAGAACCCCGCUGACUACGACAAGAUAGCGCCGGCAGCUUUGGGGCCGUGUGAGGUUAGGGUGAGGACGAGGGGGUUGGACAGUUUGGCGAAGGGAGAUGUGGACGCACCGGUGGAGAUUGGGGUUAGGCAUAGAAAGGUGGGGGAGGAGACGUGGGGGAAGGAGGUUUGGGUGGCGGUUGGGCAUAGCUUUAGUGGGGGGCAGGUUAGGUGGGUUGGGGCGGGAAGUGCGUUGAAUUUGAUUGCACAGGGGCAGUAGAGGAUUGUGCACAUAGUUCCGUAGCUACACUUCUUCCUUGUCAUAUAUUUAUCCUUGUACAUGCCAAAUGAUCAUCUCGGAAAGGGCGCUCGAAAGUCCGGAGUGAUUUGGAACGCACUUCUGGAAGGGGUUGUUUGCUCGUGGGUGCCCCUGACAGCGCCUCGCUUACAUAUGUACAAGAUUGACAGGGGACAUAAGGGGGCUUCUUCCCCUCUUCUUUCCCCCCUCGUCCCCCGUGGCUAUCCACUAUCCACUCCACCAAUAGACUUUCUUACAAGA